AUGCGGGAGUUUGACUCCAAGUUUAGCCUACCACAGUUGAACGGUGCCAUGAGUACCGCAGUCACCAAGUCCCCGACACCUGUGGAACAAUAUUCUCGUGCGGUGUACACGGUCGGAAUUCUGUGUGCUUUGGACAUAGAGCUCUUAGCGAUAAGGGCUCUCCUAGACGAGACCCAUGACGACACAGACCGAGCACCGGGUGAUGACUAUGCAUAUGCUCUGGGGCGAAUGGGAAAACACAAGGUUGUUGCGACAUGUCUCCCCGAUGGAGAAUAUGGGACAAACCCUGCGGCUGAAUGCGCAACAAAUAUGAAGAGAAGCUUUCCGAAUAUCAAGUUUUGCCUGUUAGUUGGCAUAGGUGGCGGUGUGCCCUCCGAUGACAAUGAUAUACGACUGGGAGAUGUUGUUUAUGAUCGCGGGAAAGAGAACGGCGAUGUAAUGUUGGAAAGAACAGGAGCCUUGCAAGGCCCCCCUAGGGCUCUUCGUGCCCUGAUCAACUAUCUCAAGUCUACUCCUGGUGGCUCGUCGGAUAUUCUUCUCACUUAUGUGAAGAAGAUUAUAGCAUCUGGAAGUGUUGGCAGUAAGAAGAGAUUCAGCCACCCCGGCAAGGAGCUUGAUAUACUUUUCGAGAACUGUUGUCCCGAAGGCGACAUCAAUCCUCAGCGCCCACCCCAGGUUAAACACAGAGAGCCAAGGCCGACAAACAGCCCGGUCGUCCACUAUGGUAUCAUUGCCUCUGGGAACAAGGUGAUAAAGAAUGCAAAAUUUAGGGACGAAUGGGGACAGAAAUACGGCGUUUUAUGCUUCGAAAUGGAAGCAGCUGGCGUCAUGAACAUCCUGCCAACCCUUGUCAUCCGAGGUGUUUGUGAUUAUUGCGAUGCACAAAAGAACAAGGCUUGGCAGGAAUAUGCUGCCGCUACAGCCGCUGCUUAUACAAGGCAUCUGCUAAUUCAUCUGCCUUGUCCUGAGCCAGACAAUAGGAACUUGUGGAAACGGAUAAAUUCAGAUCUCUCCCAUGCUCAAACUGAAGAGCGUCCGAAAAAUUCAUGA